AUGAGGAGCGGGAGAGCCUCCUGUGCCCUGGAGACUGUCUGGGAGGACAAGCAGAAGCAUGGGGAAGCCGAGCGGCGUUUCUGUGAGCAGGAGGCCACCCGAGCUGCCACCACCCAGCAGCUCCUGGCUGAGGUGCCCGCCCUGAACGGGCCCGGGCAGGAGGAGGCCCAGGACGCCGAGGAGGCCGAUGCCCCCGACAGCAGCAGCAGGAGCGACCCCGGGAAGAGCCACAACGGCAGGAAGCCUCUGCAGAAGAAGAGGAAGCGCUCCCCGAAGGGCUGGCUCGGCGCGGCAGACCUGGCCCUCGUGGGCCUCUCGGCCGACCGUGUGUGGCUGGACAAGCCGCUCUUCGACCAGGCGGAGAGCUCCUACCGCCAGAGGCUGGCCGACGCGGCCGCGCAGGCAGCCCAGCCCGCCGCGCUGGCGCCCCGGGGCCCCUGCACCCACGGGAGCCAGGUGGCCUGCCACCACGUGACCUGGGGCGUCUGGGUCAACAAGUCUUCCUUCGACCAGGCCGAGCGGGCGUUUGUGGAGUGGUCUCAGGCCCUGCUCUUGGCCGCAGAGGGGAGCGGCAGGCAGGGAGCGGCCGGCCCUGACCUGGCUGUCCCCCCGCCGGCCAGCAGCCAGUCCCCGCUGGGCGGCCUGCAGGCGCUGGUGCGGGAGGUGUGGCUGGAGAAGCCUCAGUACGACGCGGCCGAGCGGGGCUUCUACGAGGCCAUGUUUGACGGCCACCCGCCUGGGAAGGUGCGCCUGCAGGAGCGGGCCGGGCCUGAGGGCGCCCGGCGGGGCCGCAGAGACCGGCGGGGCCGCACGGCCUUGGGAAGCAGGCGGGUCGGGCCACGGCGGCUGGACGGGGACGCCUCCUGUGCCCUGCCCUACUGGUACUUCCUGCACAAGGACGCCGAGGCCCCCUGGCUCAGCAAGCCCGCCUACGACAGCGCCGAGUGCCGCCACCACGCUGCCGAGGCCCUCCGCAUGGCCUGGCGCCUCGAGGCCGCGUCCCUGCCUCACCGACCUGGUGCCCGGUCUGGCCUUUCGGUGUCCGGCCUGAGACCCAACAGGAAAAUGGCCACAAACUUCUUAGUACAUGAGAAGAUCUGGUUUGACAAGUUCAAAUACGAUGAUGCAGAAAGGAAAUUCUACGAGCAGAUGAACGGGCCUGUGGCUGGCUCCUCACGCCAGGAGAAUGGCGCCAGUGUGAUCCUCCGUGACAUUGCAAGAGCCAGAGAAAACAUCCAGAAAUCCCUGGCCGGAAGCUCAGGCCCUGGGGCCUCCAGCGGGCCCAGCGGGGAUCACAGUGAGCUCGCCAUCCGGAUCGCCAGCCUGGAAGUGGAGAAUCAGAGCUUGCGAGGUGUCGUGCAGGAUCUGCAGCAGGCGGUUUCCAAGCUGGAGGCCCGGCUAAGCGUGCUGGAGAAGAGCUCACCCACCCACCGGGCCGCAGCCCCUCAGACCCAGCACGUGUCCCCCAUGCGCCAAGCGGAGCCCCCUCCCAGGAAGGCGGCCACUGCUGCAGAGGACGAUGAGGACGAUGCCAUCGACCUGUUUGGCAGCGAUGAGGAGGAGGACAAGGAGGCGGCGCGGCUUCGGGAGGAGCGGCUGCGACAGUAUGCUGAGAAGAAGGCCAAGAAGCCAGCGCUGGUGGCCAAGUCCUCCAUCCUCCUGGACGUCAAGCCUUGGGACGAUGAGACAAACAUGGCCCAGCUGGAGGCCUGCGUGCGCUCCAUCCAGUUAGACGGGCUGACCUGGGGGGGCUCCAAGCUGGUUCCGGUGGGCUAUGGCAUCCGCAAGCUGCAGAUCCAGUGCGUGGUGGAGGACGACAAGGUGGGGACAGACCUGCUGGAGGAGGAGAUCACCAAGUUCGAGGAGCACGUGCAGAGUGUGGACAUUGCUGCUUUCAACAAGAUCUGAGCCCCAGCACCGGGCCUGGUUGUGUGAGGCCCCGCAGCCAUUAAAGACUGAGAUUGUA